AUGGGAAAAGUUAGAAAUUUAUCUAAAGAAGCUUAUUUAGCUGCAUCAACUAAUUUAAAAUUACGUAAAGACAAUUUGAAAUUAUCCAAUAAUGGAAGUGAAAAUAAUAAUGAAUAUGCCAAUAAUGACAGUAACCAUGAUGAUGAUGAUGAUGAUGAUGAUGAUGAUGAUGAUUAUGAGGAGGAGAAGAAGGAGGAGAAGGAGGAGGAAGAGGAGGGUACAGUAGUUGUAAAUGAAAAUGAUUUUGGUAAUAAUAAUCAUUCAAUGAAUGUAACUAAUCCAAUUAAUAUAACAUCGAUUCAUCAAAAUUACCCUUCAUAUCAUCCACAAUUCAUAUGUGAAUCAACAUUACUGUCGAAAAGAUUUUUAUCACCACAAUUUCAUCAUAAUCUAAAUGGAAGGAGAGUAUUAGCUUAUAAUGAUAAUGAUAAUAUCACCAGUAAUAUUCCACAAGGAGUCUGUACAGUCAAUACAAAUCAAGUAAAUAUGAAUCAAUACAGUGGACCAGUUAUGAUUUAA